UAUUAUAUUAUUCUGUGUGAAAAGUUUACUUUCCCAGCUUUCGGCACAUUGACAGGCUCUUGUGACUUAUUAAGCCUUAUGACUCUAUUCCCUUUAUGACCCAUACAUUCUUUUUAGGGCCAAAUAAAAUCAACCAUUCUCUCACACAGCCCGACUGGCUCAGGCGUGCGCGCACACGCACACGUACACAAACAGUACUCCUCCCUCCCUUUCAAACGACUUAACUAAACCGGUCAUAUAGCCUUACUUUCCUCCCUGGGUGUGUGAUGUUCAUAGGUAUUUGCCCCAUCUGAUCCAGUCUAAGCAUAUUGUCAUCCAAAGAAAGCCAACCAGGUCUACAGUGGAGAAAGCAGAGGACGUGUACUGUCAUGGCUCAGAAGACAGCUCUGAUCGUGUACGCCCACCAAAGCCCAGCCUCAUUCAACGCAGCGGCUCGUGAUGUGGCGGUUCAGGAGCUGACAGAGCAGGGAUACAAGGUCAUUGUGUCAGACCUGUAUGCCAUGAACUUCACUGCCAUAGCCACACAGGAUGACAUCAUUGGUGAUCUGAAGAAACCAGAGCAUUUCAGGUACGGAGAGGAGUCCAUGCACGCCUGGAAGGAGGGCCGCCUCCGCGACGACAUUGUAGCAGAGCAGCGCAAAAUAAAGGAGGCUGAUCUCGUCAUCUUCCAGUUUCCCAUGUACUGGUUCAGUGUGCCUGCCAUCUUAAAGGGCUGGAUAGACAGAGUGCUGACACAUGGCUUCGCCUACAGCCUGGAUAAGCUAUACGAUAACGGUAUUUUCACGGAUAAAAAAGCAAUAUUGUCCUUCACCACUGGAGCAAUGCACACUAUGUUCCAGCCUGACGGUGUCCAUGGUGACAUCAACAUCCCCCUGUGGCCUCUACAGAGCGGCAUUCUGCGCUUCUGUGGAUUUCAGGUUCUUGCUCCUCAGAUAUUCUGGAGUGUGGCCCACUGUCCUCCCAGUGUGCGAACCACAAUGCUAGAAGGUUGGCGAGCCAGACUAAAAGGCGUGCUGGCAGAAAAGCCUUUGACGUUUGCCCCCAGUGAGCUGUUUGACCUCAGCUUUCAGGGGGGCUUCAUGCUCAAACCCAAAGUGAGGGAGGAGCUAAAGCUGCAGCCCUACGGCAUCACUGUAGGACACCAUCUGGGGAAGGCGCUGCCACCUGACAACCAGACCAAAGCUCAACCCACAGAUGGAAAAUAAACCAAACAAACCUUCACUCAUGUGUCUUUAAACCUAUCUAUAUAUUACAAGUUUGCAUUUUAACACUGUGAUUUUUUAAUUGUCUUCUGAAGAUGAAAUAAACAAUAUAGAUAACACUGAUUUAAACUUAUGGUUAUUUAGAUGCAAAGACUGCUUUUGUAAUUGCUAACAGGCCAAAUAAUGUAAAAGGCUAAUCUAGUGUCAGUGGUGUAACAAUAAGAGUGUACUGUAUAUUUAAGUACAAUUUUGAUAUUAAAAUAAGUACAAUUUUUGAUGUAGGAUAUUGUGACAUGGCUAUUCUUGCUUCAAGUCUGCCAAUCUUUGAAUAGGGAUCCGUCCUCUGUUGCUCUUUCAGGUGUUUCUUCCUGUUUUUCUUUCUUAAUCACUGAGGGAGUUAUAUUCCAUAGAGACUGUAAAGACCUUUGAGGCAAAUUUGAAAUGUGAGAGUCUGUACUAUGCAAAUUAAAAUUAGUUUUUAUAAUCUAUCCAUGGCUGUAGGCUAUUUUGUAUAGAAAUUGCAGUUCUUUAUUUUUUGUUAGUUGGAAGGGGCUAUAACUGAUAUUUUACACUAACAAUGUGAAAAUAGUGUGACUGUGAAUGGCAUCUCUGAUGAUGAACUUAGAGAGAAUUAUCACCUGAAUAUUGGGUGAACGCCACACCAAAUGAAUGAUAGUGUUGCAUAACUACUGCAUGUGUGUAUGAUGCUGUACAUACACAGCAAUACUCAAUAUGCUGGCAAGUUCACCGUGAGACGUCAUUUGUGUUCACACCCUGUUUCUGCCGCCCUCAAGUGGAAAAACGGUUGUUGCAGGUUGAAUGUUGUUGCAUUGGCAUUCAUUUAGUAUAGUGAGUAAUGACAGUGGGGCUUUCAGUAAUGUAGGUUACAGUUUAUUACUGCAAAGAAUCUGAUUAAAUGUGAAUUUGAUCACAGCGGUUCCGAGUCUGAACCUCGCAGCCGCAGUUUUCAGGUAGCCUAUGUUAGCUUGUCAACAAAGUGUCCUUUAGUGUGAAUUUGUAUGUGAUUGUAUGUAUCUGUGUGCCAGCCUGGUGUCAGACCUGUGAUAACCUGACGACCUGUCCAGGGUGUGCCCUGCCUUUAUGAAAUGCUGUUGCGUUUUUCAUAUUACUGUUGUUUCCUAAAACGCAGUUGUGUUUGGCACCUAAGUGUCUCCGUAAUGUGGUUAUGUUUUUGUUCUUAGCAAAG